UUCUGUGAUAUAGAAAAGAUAAAUAAAGGUAGGAUGACAAUCAAAAUUUUGUGAGCUAAAUAUUAGAGCAAAUGUAAGAGAAAAAAUACAAUACUCUCAAAUAAAAAAAAUUAAAAAAAAAUAAAAAAGAAUGGAAAAAGAAAGUGGGAGAGUAAAAUCAAUCUUUGUUUAUCCAAUUAAAUCAUGUCGAGGAAUUUCACUUUCUCAAGCACCCAUCACCUCUACUGGGUUUCGGUGGGACAGACAAUGGAUGAUUGUCAAUGCAAAUGGGAGGAUGAUCACUCAAAGGGUUGAGCCAAAGCUUGCUCUGAUUGAAAUUGAGUUGCCUUCCGAAGCUUUUUCUGAGAGUUGGGAACCUUCAAGUGAUUCAUACAUGGUAAUAAGAGCUCCAGGGAUGGAUACACUGAAGGUUUCUCUGAGUAAGCCUCGUGAUAUGGUUGAGCAUGUGUCUGUAUGGAAUUGGAAUGGCUCUGCAUUAGAUGAAGGAGCCACAGCAGCUGAAUGGCUUUCAAAUUACAUUGGUAAGCCAAGUCGGUUGGUGCGAUUUGAUCCAGCAUCGCAAACUAGAGCGACAGACCCUGAGUUUGCUAAUGGAUAUAAAACCAUGUUUUCUGACCAGUUUCCUUUCCUGCUGAUAUCCCAGGGCUCACUAGAUGCACUGAACAAAUCUCUCAAGGAGCCAGUACCAAUAAACCGUUUUAGACCCAACAUUCUUGUUGAUGGUUGUGGACCAUUUACUGAAGACUUGUGGAAAGAGAUCAAAAUCAACAAGUCAACUUUUGUUGGCGUAAGGCUUUGUUCACGUUGCAAGAUACCUACGAUCAAUCAAGAAACAGGGAUUGCUGGUUCAGAGCCAAAUGAAACCCUCAAGGAACUCAGAUCAGAUAAAGUCUUGCUUCCGAAUAAAAAACCUCAAGGGCAGAUUUAUGUAGGACAGCACUUAGUUUGUAAGGACUGCUCUACCAGGGAUAGGGGCAACGUUAUUCAGGUGGGAGAUCCGGUUCACGUUUUGCAGCAAGUUUCUUCAACUGCAGAGGCUGCAGCAUAGUAUCACCCAACACAAAAUUGUAUUACAGUACCUUUAAAUACGCGUAUGUGCCAGAGUAUAAGCUAAGGGAGGUACUUUAAUAUCUAAAUACGUGUUGUGGUGUUUUUUUAUGUCAAACAUUGUCCUGUGAUAGACAAACAUUACCAGAAGCUCUACCUAUUUAGCUCUAUGUAUCUUGUAAGGUAUCAUGUUUUUCAGUAAAAACAUUGGUGUACAUUUGAUGCACUGUUUGUCCAAGCUUCUAAUAAAAGAGUGGUUUAAUAAAAGA